GGUAAUCAAUGCAACUUCGCUCACUCUGAGGAGGAGCUGAGGUCGCGUCCCAAUUUGGCAGCAACGGGCUUGUGCUACCAGUUUAUGUCCAAGGGCCAGUGCAAGCGGGGCGAGUCCUGUACCUUCGCUCACGGCAGGAAGGAGCUACGUGAGAUCCCAAAAGACGUGAAGGAGACUCGAGAACAGGAGGCUGUCGAGCUCCGGUCCAAGCGACCGGCACCGCCUGUCGCAGCGCCUGUCGCAGCGCCUGGCGCUUCGUCGGCGUCUUUGCCGCUGCCGUUGCUGCCGCCUUUGCUGCCGAUCGAUGAGCUUCUGUUGAGCGCAGGCCUGGCGGUGUCCAUGCGCCCUCCCCCGGGCCUUCCCCCACCAGUGCCGACCGCCGCAUCGCUGGCCGCAUCCGCCAUGGCCCAAGCCGCGCACGCUGCGGCGCUGGCGGCGGUGUCCGUGCUGUCCACGGAGCAGUUGAAGAACUUGUCCUUCGAUCCCAUGUCGCCAACGCCAACGACAGCAUCAGUGACUACCAACAUUAGCGAGGUGGGAUCAGAGGCCAGUGCUGAGUUUGAUGACGAGAGACUCGCGGAGUCCGUUCUUGCGCCUCCGGGCCUGGAACGUGACUGUGCCAUCUGGUUUUGAAAGGCGGGGCUUCAAUGGAUUUCAACGGUGACCUUGUCAGUGACCUGCCUGUGCUGCUGGCACAGCAGAAUGAGCCGUUUCGCCGGCACGUGGCGUGCGCGCUCGCCAAAGAGCGUGGAGUUUCGCCAAAGUCACAUCUGUACUUGGCAGAUGGGACUGCAAUGCGCGAUGCUUCGCGUGAUGCGAUAUGGUUUGGGAACACGAAGCAAGAGGCCCUAGUGACCCAG